AUGUUCGUUUCAACAUUACCGUAUCGUGUUGAACUUGAUCCCAAUUGGUCAUUUGAUGAAGCAGUUAAAAAUGUACGAGAAAAAUGUUUAUCAAUUCUUGAACAUUCUCAUUAUCCAUUACAACAUAUUCUUGCUGAUAAUCGAUUAACUCAAUCGAAUGUAUCAUUUCUUGAGACGAUGUUUGACUUUAUCAGUAUAGCAAAAGAUAUGGGGCAUUUAUGUUUGAAUGACGCAAAUUUAGAACGAAUAACAAUAGAACAAACAGCUGAAAUGUCUAAAUUUGACUUCUCAUUAACAUUUGUAUACAAUCCAUUAUCAGAUAACCAGGGACUAUCAUGUCGUUUUGUUUGUUCACAUGAUCUGUUUGAAAAGUCAACUGUUUCACAAAUAGCUCAAAGAUUUCAGUAUAUGUUUGAAAAACUGUUUCAAACGCAAUCGAGCAACAUUCUUGUGAUGAAUGUGAGUUCAUCGAUUAACAGAGUCUCUCUUAUACUUCCCGAAGAAGCCGAAGAAAUGGAAUUAGUUGGAUUUCAUCGAUUGAAUGAUAUUGUAAAUGAAGCACCAGCAUCAUUUGCACAAGCUCGUAUAUGGCUUGACGAAAGAAUUCGAUUCGAUCCUGACAAGCCUCAAAUAGCAAUCUAUAAUAUGCCUUUUGUUUAUCGUCUGCAACCAGGUCAUACUUUCUCGAUUAAACAAUUUCGUCAUGCUCUUCAUCUCAUUAUUAACAAACAUCCUUCACUUCAUACAUCUCUUCAUUUUGACAUCGAAAAGAAUCUACUUAUGCAACGAGUUAUCACUCAUGAACAUAAAGAUAAUAAUAGGUUUUCAAUCAUCGAAACUACUUAUGAAACAGAUGAACAACUGAAUGAAAUUUUACACGACGAGAAACGUAAUCCUCAACUUUUUGAUCUUGCUCAAGGUUUUGUAUUUCGAUGUCAUAUUAUUUGUUAUAAACAAAUCACUUCAAAUCAUCUUCUUUCUGAUAAAGAUCUGAUUAUUUUCAACUUUCAUCAUGCUUUAUUUGACUUUCCAUCAAUGAAAGUAUUUUAUCAUGAUCUCAAUCAAGCAUAUACAACAGGUCAAUUAUUGUUUGAUGACAAUACUCUUCUACGUUAUCUCGAUUAUGCUGUUAUCGAACAACAAAUGUCAAUGACUGGCGCAAGUAUGUUUUGGCUUGAUGCUCUUCAUGAUUGUAAACUUGAUCACCCAUUAUCGUUACCAUUUGAUCGAUAUCGUCUCUCCAGUGAACAUCGAUCUGGUCGUGGAACAUCUAUUUCUUUUGACUUUGGUCAACAUCUCUCACAUCACUUUCAUACUCAUGCAUCAUCAAAUAAUAUAUCACUGGAGCAUCUUGCACUUGCUACUUAUUAUGUGUUUUUAUUCAAAUUAACGAAUGGAGAAAAAGAUUUAUGCAUUGGUAUAAAUACACAUGGUCGAUAUAGAGAUGAGCUUAGAUCUAUCAUUGGAAUGUUUGUGAAUGCUAUACCUUUGCGAUAUCAACUCGAUCCUCAUUUAACAUUCCAUGAAGUUAGCAAGCAAGUUCGAGAUACUAUGAUAAAUUGUAUUAAAUAUUCAUAUUUUCCUCUUCAACGUAUUCUUAAUCAACAUCCAAAUAUAUCAAAUCCUGUAUUUCUUGAUACAUCAUUUGAAUUUAUAUCAUCUAUGAGAAGAGAUGAUGAAAAUGAGAUAGUGAUUGGUGGCAACCGAUUUUCUUUAAUACCUUAUUCAAUCAAGAUUAGUGAAAAUGAAACAAAAAGUAAAUUUGAUUUUAUUCUUAGUAUUCAACAUGAUCUGAAUCUAAAUCAAUUAUCAUGCACCAUUAAUGCUUCACUUGAUUUAUUCAAUGGUGAAACAGUUUGUACAAUUGCACAAAGAUUGCAGACAAUGUUACAUCAACAAUUCACAUCUUUCGACUGUACAACCAACAAACCAAUCUAUGAAAUACAAUUAGCAUUGCCAAAUGAACGAUAUCUAAUGCAAUCAAUGAAUAAUACACAGAUAUUAUUUCCAUCUGCUGUCACUUGUAUUCAUCAUGAGUUUGUAUAUCAAGUAAUGAAACAUCCACAAAAACUAGCUGUUGAACUAGAUGAACAAUCAUUGACAUAUUGUGAACUUUUGUAUUAUGUUCAAGUAUUAUCUUCAACUCUUGUUAAUGAAUAUCAUGUCAUUCAAGAAGAAAUAGUUUGUCAAUGUGUUGAGCGAAGUUUAUCAAUGGUGAUUGGCAUUAUGGGAAUUGAAAUGGCUGGUUGUGUUUAUUGUCCAUUAUCGCCUCGAGAUCCACAACAUCGUUUACAUGCACUCAUACAACAGACACAAAGUCGUCUUGUACUUGUUCAUCAUUUAACUACAAUGAAAUUCGAUCAUAAUAUUGUUUCAUUUGAUAUUGAUUCAAUAUUAAACAUGAAUAAUAUGAAUAGUGACAUAAAUUAUAAUUGCCUUUCAAGUGUGAUAAUGAAAUGUGAAGAAAUAGCGUACAUUAUUUUCACUAGUGGUUCAACUGGAACACCCAAAGCGGUUCAAGUGCGACAUAAGAAUCUUACUGAAUUUAUGUGUUCAUUGAUUUAUGGUGAUGUAGUGAAUGAAAAGGAUACAAUUGUUCAAGUUGCACGUUGUUCUUUUGAUGUUCAUGUUCAAGAUAUAAUGGGUAGUUUUAUGAUUGGAGGUUGUCUAAUUAUGCUACAUCCAGGAGGAAUUAUGGACUUUGACUAUCUUGGUAGUGUUUUCAAAGAAAAGAAUAUUACUUGUAUUACUACUGUUCCAACUAUAAUUCAUAAUUUCUUCACUUUUCUACAACAACGAAAUCGUCAUAAUGUUGCGCAAUACCUGCGAUCAGUUUGUAGUGGUGGUGAGCCUUGUUCUACACAACUAAUAAAUUUAAUGUCAAAUACUGUAACGCACACUUGUCGACUAUGGAACAUGUAUGGUCCUGCUGAAACAACAGUUGAUUGCACGUUUCAUGUAUUCGAUAACAUAAUGAAUACUGGAAGCUUUCCAAUAGGCCGACCGCUUUCAAAAUAUCAAAAUCUAAUUUUAGAUCAAUUCUCACAAAGUGUAUUUAACAAUCAAGAAGGUGACCUAUUUGUAGGAGGUGUUGGUGUCUUUGCUGGUUAUCUUGGACGUGAUGAUUUAACUGCAAAAGCUCUUGUUGAAAUAGAUGGUCAACUAUUUUAUCGAACAGGUGAUCUUGUUACAAUGGAUAACAAUGGUCUUCUUUAUUAUCAAGGAAGAAAAGAUCAUCAAAUCAAACUACAUGGACAAAGAAUUGAACUUAGUGAAAUCGAACGAUGUUUACUUCGAACAUCGAUUUCAGCUUGUGUUGUCAUAAAAUGGAAUGAUGAUCAUUUAGUUGCUUAUGUUCAAUCUUCUCAUAUCAAUGAAGAAGAACUACGUCAGCAUUGUCAAUCUCAUCUUCCACCACAUAUGAUUCCAUCUUUCUUUAUUAUACUUGACAAAUUACCUUUAAAUGCAAAUGGAAAAAUAGAUCGAAAACUUCUUCCUUCACCUCACUUCUCACCAAGACAUCUAACAAACAAUAUAGAACUAUUACUACCAACAAAUGAUAUUGAAGUUAGUAUUCAUCAUAUUUGGUGUGAGAUACUUAAACAAAAUCAAAUCUCAAUUAAUACAAAUAUCUUUACUAUUGGUGGUCAUUCAUUACUUAUCAUGCAACUUUUUCAUCAAUAUAAGAUCGAAUUUCAUUUAGAACAAAAGCUAAAUAGUUUCUCGAUAUCUGAUCUAUUUCAACAUCCAACAAUUAUUGAUCAUGCUCAACUCAUUCAACAAUCUAUCAAUGCCAUCCAUACUCUGGAUGAUUAUCCUUGGUCUUCCUUACAUCUCACUCAAGCCAGAGCAUCAUUUGCACAAGAAAGAAUCUAUUUGGAUGAACAAAUUCGUUUUUCAUCCAACAAAAGAACCAUGAAUAAUAUGUAUGUUAUUCCUUUGCUUUAUCGAAUAUCAUCUAGGAGGGAUCAUGUAUCAAGUACUCGAUUAUAUCAUGCAUUUCAAAGUGUUAUCACAAAACAUAAUAUUCUUCGAACAGCACUUUAUAUUAAUGAUACAAAUGGUCAUAUCAUACAACAGUGUUUAGAUGCAAAUACUAUUCUCAAUGAUGAUAUGAAAUCAUAUGGAGUAACAAUCGUUAAUCUUCAUAAUGAUGAUCGCCGUCAUAUGAAUGAAAUUAUUGCAAAAGUAUUAAAUCAACCUGAGUUAUUUGACUUAUCGACAGGAUGUGUUAUUCGUUUUCAUAUUCUUCGUCAUUGUAGUUAUUCUCAAGAUAAUAUUUUAUAUGAGAAUGAUGAUCUGUUAACUGAAAAUGAUUACAUAUUGAUUAGUAUUCAUCAUGCAAUGUUUGAUGGAGCAUCAACAUCAAUCUUCGUUCGUGAUCUUUCUCUUGCUUAUCAAUUUGAUAAUUAUUUAUCUGUGAAUGGUAACUCAUUGAAUUACAUAGAUUAUUCUGUUCAUGAACACAUCAUGGAUAUGUCAUUAUCUUGUGAAUUCUGGCAUUCUCAACUUGAAGGAUACGAUAUAGAAUGUUCGUUAUCAUUACCAAUUGAUCGACAACGUUCAUCAACUAAUCAACAACGAUCAGGCUUAGCAUCCAUAGCUGAAACCAAUUUUGAUAAUGAAUUAUGCACAUCAUUUCUAAACUAUGCAUCAUCACAUCAUCUCACACUUUUUCAACUUGGAUUAUGCAUAUUUUAUGUCUUCCUAUUCAAAUUAACUCAUGGUGAGGCUGAUCUAUGUAUUGGUUCUAUCAAUGCUAAUCGAUACCGGAGUGAAUUAGUGAAUAUGAUAGGAAUGUU